UCAGUAGAGGGGAGCCGGGCCUAACCCUAGCGGCUGUCUUGGGCAGCAACAAGAUACAGUUCAGAUGGGGGCAAAGACUGGCCGUGUUGCCCUCCCGCAACUGGAAAGACUUCGAAUACUGUAAUUUGAUCCGGGAUUUCGGGAACUCCGGCUCAAACGCUCGCGUGGCCGCAGGCGUGGGGAGAGAACGGCUCCGGAGAAGAAGAAGGGGGGGAAAAGCGGAUCCGAUUUGGGGCGUGGCGGCUGGGAGGGAAGCGUAACGGGCGAGAAUCGAAAGUGGAAGCAAAGUCGGAGGGAAGAGCGGACGAAGAACGCGAGGUAAAAAAACACAACUGCGCGGCGACGGAGGUGUCUCAGCUUGAUGGAGUCAGACGAGGAUUCCUUCAUCCAAAUACCCUGGGAGAACAUCCCACCAAGUGGAUCCCAGGGAACGGCGACAGAGGCAACCUCAUGGGAACUCAAGAAGUAUCAGGACAUGGCCAGAGCUCUGGAGAUGGAUUCGUUGUCACUACAAGCAAAGAAAGAAAAAUGUGAACAAGAGGCAUCCGCACUCCAAAAAGAGGUUGAGCUUCUUCACAGAAGACUUGGUGAAGUUCCAGACGAGACCAAGGCCUAUGAGCUGGCUUUGCAGGAAGAGAUGAUCAAAAGAGACCAGUUGGCACAAGAAAAGCAGGCACUGGAGAGUAAGUUAGAAAAGAUGAACAGGCUUUAUGCUGCCCAGAAAGAACUGCAAAAGGCGCCAGCUGCCCUUCCUGAGAGGAGCAUGGUCUUUAAAGGCAGCGUAGAGGAAGAAGAGAAAGAGGGAACUUUGUCUGAUAUGCUGACAGUACUGCCCCACAUCCGAUGCCCCAUUCCUGGAGGAUCAGCUGUCAUCACUUUUGAGAGUCCAGAGGUCGCCUCCCGGAUCAUUGAAAUGGGACGGCAUCGGGUUCAGCUGGAUGACUACAGCUAUAUCUGGGUAAAAGCUGAACCAGUGACCUUAAUAUUGCCUACAUCUUUGGAGGUCUCUAUGGAACGAAGUCCCAGGCAGAUCUUGGUGUCUGGGUGGCCUGUCUCGGUGGUGCCUGAGGAGCACCUGCUCGACAAGGUUGAGCUGUUUUUCAGCAAACGGCAGAACAAGGGCGGCGAGGUGGAGCGUGUGGAGUGGUUGCCCAACUCUGGCCAUGUGACCCUGACCUUUGUGGAGGACGGAGUGGUUGAACGGCUUGUCCAAAAAGGCCAAUUUGAGGUACCCAUUGGAAAGGAGAAGAACUGUAAGAUGAAAGUCUCCCACUAUAUAAGUGGGCAACUCACUAACCUACAGGUCCACCCUUCAGUCUGCGCUCAGUGUGUCCUCCUGUCAGGAAUUCCAGAUGUCUUGGAGGAAGACUUGAUGCGUGAAGCUCUGGAAGUUCAUUUCCAGAAGCCCAGCAAGGGUGGGGGAGAGGUUGAAGGCAUUGUUUAUAUCUCGAAGGGACGCUGUGGAGUAGCAGUCUUUGAGGAGGCAGAGGACGAAGCGGCUCUGCUUUCCUGACUCGGAUAAAAUUUCACCUCUGGUGCCUCGCAAGUGCUUGGAAGACUGCACUGGACCUGAAGAGAGGAGAUGAAACACUGUCAUUCUGGGAAAGGAGAAGGGGAUGGUUUUCUAGUUCAGGUUGGCUGGAAUAUUGUUGCUUAGCGUAGUAAAUUGCAACUAGAGUAGUCUUAAUUUGAAUCAGUGGAAUGUCUAGUCAGAUUUACUAGACUAAGCAACAGGAUUUCAGCCAUUGUGAAACAGUGCAAGAAGGCAUCAGCUGACAAGUAAAUAUCAGCAAAGUGCCAAAAUAGAAAACAGAGUUCAUUUUGCUGAUGGUUGUUGUUCAUUUUGCCCUUUAUCUGAGGGGUGUGAAGUACCAAAAAAAGGGAGGGAGGUCUCUGGAGCAGGGACUAACUGUUGCUCUGCUAUAGUGUCAUCUCUCUUUUUAUGACAUUAAAAAGUAUUAUACAAGA